AUGUUCUCCAACAACUGGCGCGUCAAACAAGAUCCUCCUCAAAGUCCAACUGGCGAAGAGCGAGUUUCUCCUUGGUCUGCUUCAAAAACUCGUGGAGGUGGACAAAUUGGUGGUAGAGAUGGUGGCGAUCGUCCAAGCCAGGUCCAGGGGAGAUUUUCUCGAAACGAGACACCUGACUCGCCAAGAAAAUCUUCACAACUCACAGAGUCGGACAAGGCCAUUGAGGAAGGUCGCCGCAUCUAUGUUGGCAACUUAAGCUAUGACACCACUUCCGAGGAUAUUGAAGUCAUUUUCCAAGAUGUUCCACGUGAAUCUCGAAUUGUCCAUAUGUCCAUCGAUUCCAUGACCAAGCGAAACCCCGGAUACUGCUUCGUUACUUUCACCACCAAAGAUAUGGCUGAUGAGGCUUUGAAUCGCUACGAUGGUCAAGAGUUCAAAAACCGUACACUCAGAGUCAAGCCUGGUGUAAGAUCAGACCGCACCUCUCGUCCACAGGCAUCAUCAUCGGAGUCUCCCAUUCCAUCAAACGACCGCUGGAAGAACUCUGAGACUUCUCAACGUCAAGUAGACACUUCUUCCCAGGAUGGUCGAAGACUUUACGUUGGAGGAUUGCCAAGAAUUGAUGAUCAAGAAACAGCAAACCGCAAGAUCCGAGAAAUUUUCGAAGGAUUUGAUGUUGAAGUUGUUAGCAAGUUGAUCUCUCCACACCCUUCAAAGGUUGAGGAAGGUGGUAACCACUACUACUGUUUCGUUGACCUUGCCAACAAUACCCAAGUCAACGACGCAGUUAAGAUGUUUGAUGGCAAUGAGUGGGGUCUCAAAGUCAGUCGUGCAUCAGGAGGAGUCUCGGGCAAGGUCGUUGAAAAACAGAGAAUCUAUGUUGGUGGUUUGCCAGAUUUCGGCGAUGAGUCAGCGACUGAAGCAGAGAUCAAAGAGCUCUUCAGCGAGUACAAUGUCAAGUGGGUCAGCAAGUUGUGCUCUCCACGAGAGCCAAGAGAGGGCAACAGCCAUUUCUGCUUCGUUGAACUACAAGAUGGUCAAGAAGCUGAUGGAGCUAUUGUCAACCUGGAUUGGUCUGAGAAAUGGGGUGGAAAGAUCAGAGUCAAGCCCAGUCUGUCCAGCGCUCAAUCUAAGCAAGGAGAAACUCCUACCAGAGGAUGGAGAGGAAAGAGCGACAAGGAGUAG